AUGACGGCGACAAAAAUCACACAACGCCCCAGCUCACACCCCAACUCAACCCCAGACCCGGCAACAACACCAACAACAACCACACCAACCUCAAAAGCCGACCCAGCACUCACCGCGCAAACCUCCCUCGCAACCCUAACCCCAGCCCUCCACCUCCUCGAGCGCGCCCACCACCGCAACAAGAACCAGCAUCGACUCUCAGGCUGGUGGUGGGCGCGCGCUGAUAUGCUGCGGCGUGGGGUGCGGAAGCUGGUGGGGGAGUUGGAGGAGCUUAUCGGUGAUGGGGGAGGCGAUAGUGAGAAGAAGAUGACUCGUGGGAAAGGGAGAGGAAGGGGGAAGGGUGUGGCUGAGGGGGGGAGGGGGUUGCUGGAGAAGGUGGAAAGGAGGGCUGGGUUUUUGAGGUGGUCGUUGGGGCCGGGGGCGUUUGUCGCCUUCACCCAACUAGCCGCCGACAAAAACUUUGCCCAGCUCGGGCUGAUGCUACUGGGUGUACUGGCCCAGAUCGAUCAGGCCCUUGCGCCGUUCGCGCCGGCCCCAGUCAACGGCGCGGCCGGAGACGUCGGCCAAGAAGCAGUAGUGAGGCCGGAUGAACUCCUGGGAGCAUCCGCUCCAAACGAGGACACCGAGAUGGCGGACGACGUCAUGGGCGUGGCUGUUUCCCGAGAGGAAGUCAUGGCGUCCAUUGAAGGGGACGACACAUUUCCCCAGACAUCGGCUUCCACGCCUCUACCCCAUUCAGAGGAGCGGGAACCCUUUUCCCCGGAAACACGGCCACAGACGAUAUCCAUCCCCACCCACACCGUUUCGUCUAAGAAGCAGUUGACCUCAGAGUCUCGGCUGGAGCGGCAAAACAAGGCGUAUAGCACCGGCCCUGACGAACCAGCCCAGCUCAAGAAGAAAAAGAAAAAGAUCAAGAGCGGAGGUGAUGAAUUCGACGACAUCUUCGGCACAUCUGAGCCGAUUUCCAAACCCAAGAAAAAACGGCCAAAGCUGGAAGGUGGCCUGGACUCGGGCUCCGUUACAAGGACAGGCACGAGAACGAACAAGACAGACGACACCACCUCCAUAGCGCCAGACCCCUCCCCUCCAAUGACAUUAACCCCGGCCGAGCCACCCCCCAAAAAGAAAACCUCCUCGAAAGCGAGGGUAGGGAACGAUGAGUUUGAUGGUAUCUUUGGCUCACUCGACGACGACGGCAGCGGCGGUGAUGCCGAGGAGAACACCAAGAAGAAGAGUGAUAAGAAGGAGAAGAAGGAAAAGGUAAAGAAGAAACGGAAGAGGGGGGAUGAGUUUGAUGAUAUCUUUCGGGGGUUGUGA